UUUAUGAAACCGGGAAAUUGCUGACCGAUCGUUGUUCUCAUGUCUCUCCUCAAGACCGCUUCUCACUUGCCCUUCUCCUUCUACCGAGCGGCAAGAAAGAUAAGGAACUCCUUCUUCUUCCACAGGAACCCGUCAAGACUGAACCAGUAUCAACUCUUCUCAAUCUCUUCAUUCCGGCUGGAGGGAAGAAAGAACUAUUCCUUGCUUUUCAACUUCCAUAACUCUUUACUUAGACCACACGCCCUUUUCUCCUUCUUCAUGUUGGUUGCCUUUGAGGGUGGUGGGCUGAUCAGAGCCAUUCUACUUUUCCUCUCUUACUCUUUUAUUCUCCUUUUGGGGCCUAAGAGCGAGUUGGCUUUAAGGGUUAUGGUAUUCGUCACCUUCUGUGGGUUGAGCUGCAGGAAUAUGAAUGUUGUAGCAAGAGCGGUAUUGCCAAAGAUUUACUUGGAGGAGAUAGAUCGCAGAAGUUACAAGGUGGCGGCGGCGGCGGGGAGAAGGGUGGUGGUUAGCAGUUUGCCGAAGGUGAUGGUGAAGAGGUUUGUUGAAGAUUGUUUUGGUGAGAGUGAAGUUUUGGCGCCAGAGCUUGAGGUGGUGGGAGGGAGAUACUUCACCGGAAGGUUCGCCGGAUGUGGCACCGUGGCUGAAAGGUUGGUGGAAAUUAAGGAUCGGUUUGCAGAAGAGAAGGCUGAUGUGGGGCUCGUGGGGUUUUCAGAUUUUAAGGACCAACUACUAAUCCCUUUCUCAAAGGAAGUAUACAUGGUAACGAAGGAAGAGCCCAACUCAAUCAACUCAACUAGACACUCUUCCUGCGCCGUCGCCGCGGCUUCCGCUGCUGCUGCCAAAUCAACUGUCAAUCAUUCUAAGAAAAUAUCCCCCAAACCCCAAAUCUUUCACGACGGCCGCCUCGCCUUUCUCCCCACCCCUUCCAACUCUCUCUUCCUCCUCUACAUACCUUUCGGCUUCCUCCUAUGUGUUGUCCGCAUCCUCGCCGGCCUCCUCCUCCCUUAUUCCUUCUGCCACCUUGUCAGCGCAGCUCUAGGCAUCCACUUCCGGAUGGUCCAACACCGCCCCCAUUUCCAGCCCUCCCCCUCCGGCGUCCUCUACGUCUGCACCCAUCGCACACUUCUGGACCCCAUCUUCCUCAGCUACGCCCUCUUCCGCCCCAUCCCCGUCGUAACAUACAGCCUCAGCCGAUUCUCCGAAUCCCUCUCUCCCAUCCCCACUGUCCGCCUCACUCGCAACCGCCUCCAAGACUCCCACUCCAUGCGCCGCCUCCUCGCCUCCGGCGACCUCGCCGUGUGCCCUGAAGGUACCACCUGCCGUGAACCGUAUCUACUCAGGUUCAGUCCCCUGUUCGCGGAACUGGCUGAUAAUAUUGAACCGGUUGCUAUCGAUUCCUAUAGUUCUAUGUUUUUUGGAACGACGGCGACCGGCUUUAAGUCUUUAGACCCUAUAUUUUUCUUCAUGAAUCCGAGACCAGCCUAUCAGAUCAGUUUUCUUGGUCGGGUUCCGAAGGAGAUGACUGUCGCCGGGGGUUGGACAGCGGCGGAUGUUGCGAAUCGGAUUCAGAGGGAGCUUGCUGCUGAGUUGGGGUUUGAGUGUACGUCCUUGACUAGGAGGGAUAAGUACUUGUUGCUCGCCGGAAGCGAUGGGGUCGUACCGGAUCAGUCGCCGGAGAAGUGCUAGUUCGUUGGACAAAGGUUUGUUAUUCGUGUGGCCGGAUUAUUAAAAUGCUGACUACAUAACUAGUAAAUGUUCUAGUAUUUUAUGGACUUCGAUGUAAAAGGCCCUUUGCAAAAAAGACUUUUUUUACAGCAGUUAUUUUAAUGUACAUUGGGCUUUGCAGAUCAUUAUUCAA